CCCUCGGCACGGGGCCGAGCCGGGCCGAGCCGAGCCCAACCGGGCCGGACUGCGCCGAGCCGAGCGGAGGAGCCCGACAGAACCGAGCCGGGACGAGCAGAACCGAGUGGAGCCGAACUGAGCCGAGGAGUCGAAUCGAGCGCUGCCGAACCGAGCCGAGCGGGGCCGAACUGAGCUGAGCAGAGCCGAGGAGCCGAGCCGAGUUGGGCCGAGCAUAGCCGAGCGAGCCCGAACAGACCCGAACCGAGCCGAGCGUAGCCGAACGGGUUCGAACCGAGCCGAGGGGCCGAACCGAACCGUGCCGAGAGCAGCCGAGCGAGGCCGAGCAAACCCGAGCGGAGCCGAACCACUUCGUUUCCUCGCCGUUCCCCACGGGGUGACCUGUGUGCCGUGCGGGCUGGUGGCCUCCAGCCCCUGGUGUCACCAUGGCGUCCCGCAUCGGGCUGCGGAUGGAGCUGAUGAAGCAGCAGGCGCAGCAGGAAGCCGAGCGGGAGCGGGUGCAGCAGCAGAUGAUGAUGAGCUACAUGCAGCAGCAGCGCAUGCCCGUGGCCUCCAGCCCCGCCAUCAACACCCCCGUCCACUUCCAGUCCCCUCCGCCCGUGCCCGGAGAGGUCCUCAAGGUCCAAUCCUACCUGGAGAACCCCACCACCUACCACCUGCAGAAGUCUCGGGACAAGAAGGUGCAGGCUUAUCUCUCCGAGACCUACGGGAACAAGUUUGCUGCCCACGUCAGCCCCGCCAGCCACUCGCCCAAGCCGCCCCCGGCCGCGUCCCCCGGCGUCCGGCCCGGCCACGUGCUGUCCUCCUCGGCGGGCAACAGCGCUCCCAACAGCCCCAUGGCCAUGCUCAACAUCGGCUCCAACCCCGAGAGGGAGUUUGAUGAGGUCAUCGAUGACAUCAUGCGCCUGGAUGACGUUUUGGGCUACAUGAACCCUGAAGUCCACAUGCCCAACACGCUGCCCAUGUCCAGCAGUCACAUGAAUGUCUACAGUGGGGACCCUCAGGUGACGGCGUCGCUCGUUGGUGUCACCAGCAGCUCCUGCCCCGCCGACCUCACCCAGAAGAGAGAGCUCACAGAUGCUGAGAGCCGAGCCCUGGCCAAAGAGCGCCAGAAGAAAGACAAUCACAACCUGAUCGAGAGGAGGCGAAGGUUCAACAUCAACGACCGCAUCAAGGAGCUGGGAAUGCUGAUCCCCAAAGCCAACGACCUGGACGUGCGCUGGAACAAAGGGACAAUCCUGAAGGCGUCUGUGGACUACAUCAAGAGGAUGCAGAAGGACCUGCAGAGGUCCCGGGACCUGGAGAAUCACUCGCGGCGCCUGGAGAUGGCCAACAAGCAGCUGCUGCUCCGCAUCCAGGAGCUGGAGAUGCAGGCACGCGUCCACGGGCUGCCCACCUCCUCGCCCUCGGGCGUCAACGUGGCCGAGCUGGCUCAGCAGGUGGUCAAGCAAGAAGCCAGCGGGGACGAGGGGACCCUGGAGCCACUGCUGCCACCCCCAGAGCCCGAAUCACAGCCACAGCCAGCGCUGCCCGUGCCCCCCCAGUCCCCCUACCACCAGCUGGACUUCACCCACAGCCUGAGCUUCGAUGAUGGCUCCUUCCCAGACAGCCUGGAGCCCGGCCACAGCUCCUCCUUCCCAUCCCUAUCCAAGAAGGAGCUGGACUUGAUGCUGAUGCAGGACACGAUGCUGCCCCUGGCCUCUGACCCCUUGUUCUCAGCCAUGUCCCCCGAGGCCUCCAAGGCCAGCAGCCGCCGCAGCAGCUUCAGCAUGGAGGAUGCAGACAUGCUGUGAUGGGGGAGCUGCCAGGGCAGGGCUUGCAGCACCAGCUUGGGGUGGGCGAGUCCCAGGACGCUCCUGGCAGGAGGAGCCCGUCCCACCACGCCCCUGGACCUUCCCAGGAGUUCCUUUGUCUAUGCAAGAGGGGCUCGGGUGCCACCGUGUCUGUCGCAGCUUCUUUGUGCCAGGAGGAGGAGGAGGAGGAAGGAUCUUCCUGGCUUGGCCUGACUGCAGAUUCCACAGCCUGGCAGGGACAUCUGGGCUGCUUUGCCUUUCAGCAGGAGCCUCCUGGCCUCACCCCCUUCCCCGGGGUGGUGCCUGUGAUCCUGGAGCCCCUGGGGAUUUUUGUGUCCUGUUUGGUGUCCCCUCACCCUGCUCUGGGCUCCUUCCUCCCCACCGAGUCUUGCCCAGCCCCUGGAUCCAUCCCAGUCCAUCCAGCUCCUCCUUGCUGGGAGCUCCUGCUGCCUCUGGGGUCACAGCAGGGUGACAGGGUGUUAAUUAGAGCGUGUUCGUUAAUAAGGCACCGGCGGGGGUGUUGUCUGCAGGUGGCUGUGGAAGGUUCCAGAACACCUGGACUGCGGGGUUUGAUGCCCCACCCAACCCCCUGUUGUCACCCCCAGCACCCCAAAACCUCGGGGCAAGGCUGCCAGGUGACCCUGAGCGUGUCCCCACCCAGUGUCUGUGCCCUGUGACACCCCCAGCUCCUUCCUGGGAGGAUCCAAGGGUUUUCCUGGGAGGAUCCAGGGGUUCUCCUGGGAGGAUCCAGGGGUUCUCCUGGGAGGAUCCAAGGGUUUUCCUGGGAGGAUCCAGGGGUUCUCCUGGGAGGAUCCAAGGGUUUUCCUGGGAGGAUCCAAGGGUUUUCCUGGGAGGAUCCAAGGGUUUUCCUGGGAGGAUCCAAGGGUUUUCCUGGGGGGAUCCAAGGGUUCUCCUGGGAGGAUCCAAGGGUUCUCCUGGGAGGAUCCAAGGGUUUUCUGUGGAGGACCCAAGGGUUUUCCACGUCAUUUUUUGGGGAUACCUGUUGGAAUUCCUGCCCCACGUGGGUGUGAAGCUCCAGGGAAUGGUUUGUGCCAGCUGCCAAAACCUGAGCUGCUGCUCCCAGCCGGGUUUGUGCUCCCAGUGUCACCAGUUUGUUCCACAGCUCUGUACUGGGGAGCUGCUCUGGGCUCUGCCUCGGGUCCUGACUUCCCAAAUCCAGCCGGGAGGGAGCUGGGAAGGGCAGGGGAAGGCUGGAAAACCCUCCAGGGUUUAUUGAGGGAGAGAGGAGGAGAGAGGAGACCCCUCGGGGAUGGUGCCCCCCUGGGCUCUGGGGUCACUCAGUGCCCCCACGCUGGAGCUGGCUGUCCUGGGGGGACACGGGGGUGUCCUGGGGGGACACGGGUGGUGACAGGAAUUGGGGUUGGAGGUGGGGGACAGCCCCACAGAGGGGCCCGUGGGAUGUGAGGGUGUGGGGAGGUGCAGAGGGAGGAGGAGUUGGAGCAGGAGGGGACCUGGGAGGGGCUCCGGGUGCUCACCUGGGCAAGGGGAGGAUCCAGGAGAGCUCAGAGCCCCGAGGGGACCUGGGAGGGGCUCCGGGUGCUCACCUGGGCAAGAGGAGGAUCCAGGAGAGCUCAGAGCCCCGAGGGGACCUGGGAGGGGCUCCGGGUGCUCACCUGGGCAAGGGGAGGAUCCAGGAGAGCUCAGAGCCCCGAGGGGCUCUGGGCUGGAGCUCUGGGGGUGUUCACAGGAGGCCUUGGCACCCUUGGUGUGCUGCCAUCAGUGCCUGCAAAGAGAAUUGUCCCCAGCGGGGUCACCCUGGCCGUGCUGGGGACCUGUGGGGGUGGGAGAGCCACGGAGCUGGGCCCUGCAGAGGGGCUGGGGCUGCUCAGGGCACAAAAUCCCACAGGAAAUGUGGAUUAUUGUGGCUUUAGGGUGCCCUUGGGCAAGGCCUGGCUGCUGCUCAGCACGAGAUGUCUCCCCUGGCUGUCAGUAAACAGUUGUGGAUUAUAAUUACUAUUUUUUUUUUUUAAAUCUUUUUGGGAGUUUUGUUUGUUUUUUCCUUUUUUUUUUUUUUUUUAAUGCACUGUGCUCUGAUUAAAAAAAAUUUUACUACUGUUUUAUAAAUAAAUGUAUAAAAGAAUGAACUGGAAUGGAAAGAAGAAUCAUUAAAAAUAUAUUUAUUUACAACAUC